UUAGAAGCUCUCCAACUCGGCCACAACCUGCGCUCUUUGUUGCACGGAGCUGCUUAUGCCUCAUCAACCCCAUUGCACGGAGCAGCGUUCGCCAGCAAGAGCUCGCAGUGAAAACGAAAACUGCAUUUACAGGGACGUAAACGUGACUGUGAAACGAUGUAGCUGUCACUAUGUCUCAAAAGUUUGAGUUUGAGCUUUUAUUUAUAUGAUAUGUGGCUUACAGUACACCAGAAUAGACAGUUUACCUCUGCUCGGUGCUAAUAUUGUUAGCCAGUGCCCAAGGGUUGAAUGAACUUUGCAGCAUUUUGUCUCUUGAACACUCCCGCAGAGUACUAACAGAGGCCCGUUCAGCAACUUGCAGUGAUGCACAUUAAGGAGCGCAUUUAUUUGUGAAUAAUCUGAGACUGCAUUGGAGUCUGGUGAAUGAACUAAGUGGUGAAGGCCCAGACUUUCUUCAGACAUGUCCGUGAGGGAGUCCUUUAACCCCGAAAGCUAUGAGCUGGACAAGAACUUCAGACUCACACGCUUUGCUGAGCUCAAGGGCACAGGCUGCAAGGUGCCUCAAGAUGUGUUACAGAAGCUGCUAGAAACCCUACAGGAGAACCACUAUCAAGAGGAUGAACAGUUCUUGGGGGCAGUUAUGCCCCGAUUAGGCAUAGGCAUGGACACCUGUGUGAUCCCCCUCAGACAUGGAGGCCUUUCUCUGGUCCAGACGACAGACUACAUUUACCCUAUUGUAGAUGACCCCUACAUGAUGGGAAGAAUUGCUUGUGCCAAUGUUCUAAGUGACCUGUAUGCAAUGGGAGUGACAGAGUGUGACAACAUGUUGAUGCUUCUGGGAGUCAGCAACAAAAUGUCAGAGAAGGAGAGAGACAAAGUCAUGCCACUGAUCAUCCAGGGAUUCAAGGAUGCAUCAGAGGAAGCAGGCACAUCUGUAACAGGAGGACAGACGGUGCUCAACCCCUGGGUGGUGAUGGGAGGAGUUGCAACAACAGUCUGCCAGCCCAACGAAUUUAUCAUGCCAGAUAAUGCAGUGCCAGGAGACGUGUUGGUGUUGACCAAGCCACUUGGAACACAAGUGGCCGUCGCAGUACACCAGUGGCUAGAUAUUCCUGAGAAGUGGAACAAGAUAAAGCUGGUGGUAACCCAGGAAGAUGUAGAGCUGGCCUACCAUGAAGCCAUGAUGAACAUGGCUCGACUCAACAGAACAGGAGGCCUUCUUAUCUGUCUGCCACGAGAGCAGGCCGCCCGCUUCUGUGCCGAAAUCAAAUCCCCAAAAUACGGCGAGGGCCACCAAGCGUGGAUCAUCGGGAUUGUAGAGAAAGGAAACCGCACUGCUCGCAUCAUUGACAAACCGCGGAUCAUAGAGGUGGCACCACAAGCAGCCACGCAGAAUGUCAACCCAACUCCUGGUGCAACUUCUUAAUCCUCCUUUGCUGCAUCAUAGACCGGAAACCCCAAAGCUCUGCUGAGUGAUUUUAAACACAUAAACUACAAAACCAUCCUAGAGUGUUGAAAUAUAUACACAAAAUAGUAUGUACACAGAAAAGACUGGGUUGGCGUGUAUCUACAUGAGAAACAGCCCCACACAGUGGCCCAAGGGGCAUGUCAUCACCCAGUGGACUCAAUCUGCAGUAUCCCCAUGAUAAAAAUGGUUAAGAAAUAGAGCAUACUUAAAACCCAUUUGCCUUUUGUGUCUGUUGUAUUCUGUUCUGGGUUCUAUGUUAAAUGUGUGUGAUUGGCAGGCAGCUUCUGAUAAGAGAGUGAUGAUGACGACAAUAAUCUGAUACUGUUGAUUCAUUUUGAAUCUUAGGAAGUCUGGUUUGGUUACCUCUUUGGGUCUUUUAAAAUUGCUCUCAUCAAGCAAGUGGACUGUGUGAUGGUGUUUUUGUUUGUCCAUUCACUUUGUACAGUUAUAAAGCCUAGUUUUAGUUCAUUGCUGUAACUGAUGCCUUGAAAGAAAGAAGUGUGACCAGAAAGGUUUGUUUUUUAUUACUUUGACUUUUUGUAUUGUCCCCACCUAAACUAAUAAAUAUUCAAAUAGAAGUUUGUUUUGCCCGCUAUCUGGGAACUGCACUCGUGUGAAUAAACUAAAUCAAAUGUGACCUUAUCGACUUGCCAUCAUAGAACUGCAGAUUGAUCUGCAGAUUUUUACAUUGGUAAUUGAUGCUACUCCAUUGUGCAUUAACUUGAAGUCAUAGAUGAGGAUAAAUCUGCAUACCCCUCGGGAGAUGAACCUUCUACCAUCUGCAUUCCCAAUAUGUUAUCAUGUUUAGGGUGAUAUGAUGUAUGGGGUUUGCAUUACAUGGUCACUAAAUUGUGCAACUAUAAAAAGCAGUCUGGGUUGUUAAGCAUUGUAAUAGCAGGCAGUCAGCCUGUUGCCUUUGUUUAAAAUAUGGUGCAUUUAGUUUUGCCAUAAGAUGUGCUGAGACUGAUGUACUGUUAUGAAGCUUCCAUCUAAUUUCAGAUCAUUUUUGUUUACCAAUAGCCUGGAUGGAUCUGGAAGGCCUCUGUAAAUGUUCAUUUGAAUAUCAGGAAUAAGACCUCCACCACACCUCUUAAAAUAAACUUCUCUUAUAAUA